AUGUCUUCAUUCAAUUUCAACUCCGGUUUUCCUCGCAACCAGAACAAUCAGAAUGAUUCAUUCUGGAACCCAAUCUCGCCUAUCACUACUACUCAUCAUCGCAGACAAAGCGAAUAUCUCUCCAGAACCAUGACGAAUGCUCUAGGCACAGUACCUUUGCCCAACUUCAACUUCGACGAAAAUAAGCCACGUCGAAUUACCUCUCCACUGUCCAAUGUGAAGCCCAUUGGAUAUGAGAGAACAGUCUCACGCCAAAUGGGAUAUUCUCAUUUCAGCAUCUCGGAAUCUGGGGAAGAUAUGCCUUCGUUUGAAGAAAAAGAAAAUGGUGACAAUAGUCCCAUUACUACCCAGUCUUUGGUUUAUGGGAUGCAGCCAAUCCAAUAUGGGGCGUCCAAGUCGAGACAGGAAGAUGAAGUUUCUGUUCUGCAUCUUGAGACUUCUGUUGUGAGACCGAAUGUCGACGAGAGAUCAUCUACUUCAAAGGGCAAAAAGUCCUAUGGUACCCCCCAGGGAUAUAUUCCCUAUUCUCAUGCUCGUGAUUAUGUUGCAAAUACAAGCAUGCACCCUUCCAGUGUCGUCGGCGGACAUCGAAAUGUUACAGCGGUUUUUCGAGGACGACAAGUCCAAAACAGUCUGCCUUUGAGUAGCGGUGAACAAUACCCGUCACCUACUCAUUUUGAGCCACUUGGUCAUCGUGCUGUGGGAUAUCAACACAACAGAAACAUGACCAGCUACGGAGGUCCUGGGCAGUAUAUGUCUCAGUUCAACGCACAGGUAGUUGGUAUCCCCUUGAACAUUGAUGGUGACAACACCCGCAACAGCCAGAUGUCUCAGAACAGCUUCGUACACCAACAGAAUAACGAAGUCCAGCAUGCCUCAGGAACAUCCUUUGGAAAUCCGCACGCAAGUGCUUAUACGGCACAAUACACACCAAGCGCUACCUCCGCCAGCGUUUCAUCCACGGUUGCUCAGACUUUACACAACAGAUCUGACGCACCAUACCAACCCGGACUCCGAUCAACGGAACAACUUCUGCAGGAACAAAGCAUUCUCGCAUCACUCCCCACCAACACCUCAGCCGCCUCACACCACCUCGGCGACAACAAAGAUCGCGAAUUCGCCAGUAAAUUCGGCGGUGAAUACAACCUACCCAAUGAACUGAACUGCGCCGUCUGGAUCAAAGGCAUCCCCAAAGAUUUCGCUCGGGAAUUCCUGUACCAGGAAUUAUUCAACGUCAUCUCAGCCGGUCCUAUCGUCGCGGCCUACAUCCGUCUCGGAGGGGAUCAACACCCCCGCCACGCCGCCAAGGUGAUUUUCAAGCACCCUGAACACGCGGCUCGUUUACUCCGAAGAGCAUCUGACCCGGGUAUUAAAAUCAAUGGAUAUCGUAUUCGGGUGGAACCCAAUCGCAAUGGACAUCGUGAAUUUCCGCUUGAACUGCAUUAUCAAAGUCGUGUGGUUCUCGUUGAGGUAUUCAAUAAUACUAGCAUGGAUCUCCCGUUCUGGAAGAUGUUCAUCACCAAUCUGUGUGUGUAUGACAUUGAAAAAUGUAGGCAUCUAUCCUACAGUACUCCAGCGCGAAUGGUGAUGGAGUUCAGAUUUGCGCGGAUCUUUGGGCAGGCGUCGGUUUUGCUUGCGGGGAUUAGAAGCACCGCGUCGUUUGAAGGAAUCGUCACGGCAAGGUAUAUUCCAGAUGUGCCUUGUGACAUCUGUGAUACGUACUGA